AUGGGCUGGAGCGCGCUACAGCCUGCACCGGUGGAGACCGAGUCCGGCAGGUGCGCGUGGAGCUCGAGUGGGCCAGCGCCGCCAGAAGAAGGCGGCCGGGGAGGUGGAGGGGAGGAGGAGGACCCUGCCGCCUCGUGGCCCGCGUCCGCAGUGGUGCGGCUCCAAAGAUCUGGCGAGUCGCCGAGGCGACCACCGUCUUCAUCUUUGUCGCUUGCUUUCGGGGAGACGGACGGCGUCGCGGCCAUGGAGUCGGCGCCUAGGCGGACCAAGACAGACGUGGACCUUGGCAUUGUGGAGGUAGACAAGGCGUGGGUGCGGUGGGCUGUGGUGCCUGGGUGGGGCCCCGUGGCCGAGGCAGCGGACGACGCCGUCGUCAUCGAGCUGGCCGACAGCCGGAGGCUGCCGUGGCGGACAGCCGAUGAGGAGCCACUGCUGGUCAUUGCCAACACCUAUUGCUGGUAA